AGUGGAGUCUCAUCAGAUUCUCCUACAACAAAUAAUGACACUGAAUAGAAGCAGCUCUGACAGCAGUGAGGAAAAAUUUGAGUACAUCAAGAUGAAAAUCAGGACCAUUGACUCUCCAGAGAAAUCCAUCAAUCUGUUUCAUUGUCUGAAUGAACUGGGUGAUAAUUCACUAGUGGAGGAAAUACAACAGUAUCUGAAAUCUGGAACAAUAAAGGAAACCAAACUUUCUUCAUCUCAGUGGUCAGCUCUAGUUUUUGUGCUGUUGACAUCAGAGGAAAAGCUGGACGGGUUUGAUAUUAAUGACUUUGUUUGUGGAAACAAUAAAGCGAUCAAACUGAAAGUUCUUCAGAAGCUGCUGCCUGUGAUUAAAGAAUCCAGAUCAGUUCAGUUGAGAUAUUGUGGCGUAACGGAUGAAGGUUGUGCUGCUCUGGCUUCAGCUCUGAGAUCAAACCCCUCACACCUGAGACAGCUGGAUCUUUCUGGGAAUAAAAUAGGAAAUUCUGUGAAUCUGCUCUCUGAUGUACUACAAAAACCUCACUGUAAACUGAAGAUGCUAUGGUUGAGGGAUUGUGGUGUCACAGAUGGAGGUUGUGCUGCUCUGGCUUCAGCUCUGAGAUCAAACCCCUCACACCUGAGACAACUGAGUCUGUCUGAGAAUAAAAUAGGAGAUUUGGGUGUGAAGCUUCUCUGUGCUGUACUGGAGGAUCCUCACUGUAAACUGGAGAUACUGUGGUUGAGUUAUUGUGGCGUCACAGAUGAAGGUUGUGCUGCUCUGGCUUCAGCUCUGAGAUCAAACCCCUCACACCUGAGAUAUCUGAGUCUGAUUGGGAAUAAACUAGGAGAAUCAGGAGUGAAGUUACUUUCUGAUCUGAAAGAUGAUCCACAUUAUAAACUGGAGACAUUUGGCUAUUGACUCUCAGUAAUUAGACGUCAGUCCAGUUUCCUCAGGAUCAGCUGAUGGUGAAUAAGGAGCCGCUACAGAGACGUCACAGUCACACAAUCAACAGAGACUGAAGACACAGAGACAUGCAGUAUCACACUGUCAUGUGUGUCGUCUUUCACUGUGUUGUUUUAUAGGUAAUGGCCCAUGAAAUUAAGUGCAGAAUAAUUUUAGAUAUUGUCUACAAUGUAGAUCAAGGGUGUCAAACACACAGCCCAUGGGUGAUUUGAACAAUAAAAUUAAAUAAUAAUUAACACAAAAUAAAGUAAGUGUAUUUGUCUUAUGAAUUGCUCCAAGACUUGGGUUGAAGAUCCAAAUGCAGGUUUAAUAAGGGUAAUCCACAAUUGUAAUCAAAAUGCCAGGCAAAUAAUCCAAACAACAGAGUCCAAAAGACAUAGGCAUGGCAUACACAUAUUUAAACAGAGUUAGCAAGAGAAAUGGCAGUUGUGAAAAUUUGCUACUAAAAUUUCCUCCCAUUCUAAUCACCAUUUGGACAUAGAGUAAAUAAGAGAUAUAUUGUGCAAUAGGGACAGCUUUGAUUCUAAAGUGAGAAUGAGAUUAAUUUAGCAAUUUAAUCUUCAUUAACCUUGAAUGUAAACUUUUUUUUUUUUUUUUUUUAAUAGAAGUUUUUACAUGCUUUAGUUU